CACUUUCAAUCCUUAACACACUUGAUGCAAAUAUGACAAACCCUACUCAUCAUUUAGUUAAAAAAACAACAAAUCUUUUCCAAAUUCCAUGCAGGCGUUCAGACUCUAGUUGCACACGUAAAAACUUAUCGUCUUCGUUUUUUCAAGCCAUCGACUUUCCAAACCCGUUCUGGGUUCAACUUAUAUAUUUUGUCACACUUUCUUUAGUGGGGUUUGUGGCUUUGAAAACCCUAGAGUUCAAAACCUCUUCGUUUACACCUAAAAACAUCGACUUGUUCUUCACAGCCGUUUCUGCAGCAACAGUUUCAAGUAUGUCAACACUUGACAUGGAAAUAUUUUCAAACAGCCAACUCAUUGUUUUGAUGUUUCUCAUGUUCAUGGGAGGCGAAGUUUUCGUUUCUAUGCUUGGCCUACAGUUUCGAAUGUUCAAACAUAAAAUUGUCAAUGCUGGUUCUAAUUCAAAUUCUCGUCCCACCUUCAAUUCCCUUGAGGGCAGUAUUGAGUUGGGUGUAAUCUCAAAUGAUUUAAAACCAUUUUCAAGUGAAUCUCUUGAUCAAAAGUUUUUGAUGUACGAAGCAAAUAGAAGCGUGGGCUAUGUGGUCUUGUGCUACAUCCUUGUUAUCCACUUCAUAGGUUUUAUCAUGGUUUACAUUAAUUUAACAUUCAAUACUGGUACUAAAAUACUACUCAUAAACAAAGGGUUAAAUAGGCACACUUUUAGCCUUUUCGUCACUGUCUCAACAUUUUCAAAUUGUGGUUUCGUUCCCACAAAUGAAAACAUGAUGGUUUUUAAGAAAAACUCUGGCUUGCUCUUGAUCCUAAUCCCUCAGAUUCUUCUUGGAAGCACUUUAUAUCCAGUGGUGCUUCGGGUAAUAAUAUCCGUUCUCCAUAAGAUUACAAAGAGGGUAGAAUUGAGUUAUAUGUUGAAGUACCCCUUGGAGUUUAGUUAUGGCCAAAUGUUACCAUGGGUGCAAUCGUUUUACUUAGCCGUGACCGUUUUUGGGUUGAUUUUAGUUCAGUUUGUGGCCUUUUGUUUUAUGGAGUGGCAUAAUACGGAGGUCAUGUUUGGGCUUACUGAUUAUGAGAAGCUGGUUGCAUCUUUUUUCCAGGUUGUGAAUACCAGAUAUGCUGGUGAGGCUGUUUAUGACCUUUCAAAGAUUUCGCCGGCAAUCUUGGUGGGCUUUGUACUUAUGAUGUACCUUCCUCCAUUGACCACAUAUCUUCCGGUCAAAGAUGAUGAAAAGAACCAAAUAAGAGACCAAAACAAGAGUGUUGUGGACUAUCUUCUAUUUGGGAAACUUACUUAUUUGACCAUAUUUACAAUUUUGGUUUGUUUGUUUGAGCGUAAAAAGAUGGGCACCGACCCCUUAAACUUCAAUGUACUUAACAUCGUUUUUGAGCUGGUUAGUGCAUAUGGAAAUGUUGGAUUAUCAAUGUGCUACAGUUGUCAACGACAAAUUAAACGAGAGGGAAAUUGCAGAGAAGAAUGGUAUGGAUUUGUAGGAAGCUGGACCAACAAUGGGAAAUAUUUGCUUAUGUUGGUGAUGGUUUUUGGAAGACUAAAGAAUUUCAAUAAGAAUGGUGGUCGCUUUUGGAAUGUAUUGUAAUAUAUCUAUAUAAUUAAGUGUUGAAGUAUGAAAUAUUCUAUGGUGAUGACUAAUAGCUACGUUAUAAUAUUUCUUUCAUAGUUUGUAGUGG